CCUCGCACACGACAUCCAAGCAUGCGCAGUGGGACCUCCCAGUGCAGACAGGAGUAGAAACACGGAGAAGCAUCCAGAGGAGGGGAUUUAACAAAAAGAAUAAACCCCACCGUAAAUGGGUUUAUCACAACACCGGACCUCAGUGGCGUCGCUCCCGUUCGUCUCGACCGAUUGUUUUGGAUGGAUUGUAUCGUUUACGUCUCUCCCAGAGGCCUUGCAACGCCCAGCCUGCAGUGGCAGCCAUAGCUCGGAGGUUAGCCACCCGGUAGGCUAACGGAGGGCUGUAGGUUGAAGGGUCGUGCUGUUGUUCCAUGUGUUGAUGUCAGCCAAAAGUGUCUAAAACUCUCACCAGCCGCUACCAUGGCCGUGUUCAGUCACCAGGUGCUCCUCGCUGUUACCAGAUCACGGGGGUCUUAUUUGUUAUCCAAGAGGCACAACUGCUCCUCUCUGUCCUCCAGGGCCUACCUUCACGUAGACCCUCCUCGCCACGUCGCAUCUUCGUUUUCACUCAGGCACUCCCGCCACGGCUACCCCCACUCCCCGCGAGGCCAUGCCUUAGGCCACAGGGGCCACAGCUCCGCCCUGCUCGCCCGCUCCCUACACAGCUCAGGAGUUUGGCUCCAGGACAUAAAGCAGGAGGAUGCUAAGCCCACGCCAGACGCUACCUUGGACACGUCUCCAGACUCUAAAAAGGGCUCUGAGGCUGGUGCACAACAGUCCCAACCUCCAUCAGCCGCCGCCGCCGCCGCCGCCGUCUCUCCAGCUCAGGAGAAGGCCUUGCUGAAAAAGUCUCUGUAUCAGAGGAUUGUGGAUGAGUUGAAACAUUACUACAAUGGCUUCCGGUUACUCGGCAUCGACACCACGAUUGCCGGCAGGAUGGUUUGGAGGCUGCUGCACGGACAAGUGCUCACACGCAGGGAGAGGAGGAGGCUGUUGAGGACCUGCGCCGACCUCUUCCGCCUCGUGCCCUUCAUGGUGUUCAUCAUCGUUCCUUUCAUGGAGUUCCUCCUCCCCGUCUUCCUCAAGCUCUUCCCGGAGAUGCUGCCCUCCACGUUUGAGACGGAGUCUAAAAAGGAGGAGAAGCAGAAGAAGGGUCUGGCUGCGAAGCUGGAACUGGCCAAGUUCCUGCAGGAGACCAUCGCUGAAAUGGCCCGAAGGAAUAAAGCCAAGGCUCUGACAGAGGACGAGACGCAGCGCUUCUCCACGUAUGUCCAGAAGGUCCGGGGCACCGGUGAGCAGCCCACAACGAAGGACAUCGUCCGGUUUUCGAAGCUCUUCGAGGACGAGCUGACGCUGGAGCACCUGGAGCGCCCCCAGCUGGUGGCUCUGUGCAAACUGUUGGAGCUGCAGCCCAUCGGCACAAAUAACCUGCUGCGUUUCCAGCUGAUGAUGCAGCUCAGAACCAUCAAGGCAGACGACGAGAUGAUUGCAGCAGAGGGCGUGGCAGCUAUGAGCGUGUCAGAGUUACAGGGAGCGUGUCGUAGUCGUGGGAUGAGGUCUCUGGGUCUCACCACCGAUCAGCUACGUCAGCAGCUGCAACAGUGGCUGGACCUUCACCUAAAGGAGAACGUUCCUCCGUCCCUGCUGCUGCUCUCCAGAGCCAUGUACCUGACGGACCUCAAACCAAAAGCCCCCGUUAUCCCACCUGUUCCCAAACUAGAGAAGCCUUCGGUGGAGAACUUGGGAUCCAACGCGGCCCCAGUGAACAGUGACGUGUUGAAGGACCCUGCUCUCAUCAUCAAAGACAGGCCGGUGGAGGAGGUGAGAGACAAGGCUCCUGUGGUGUCGGACAAACCUCUGACUCCUGCUGAAGUCCUUCAGGCCAAAGCAGCGACAGAGGUGACCCAGAAGAGCAAGAUGAGCGCCAACGGCGUGUGAAGAGGAGCGGGAGCCUCCGGACCGAGGACGGGACCGACUCGCUGCUGUAGGGGGGACGGGUGGAGAGGAGGGUCGGGGGGUCAGGUCUACAUUUCAGUAGAUUUAUGGACCUCCAUAAAAACAACCCCCCUCUUCUCUCUUUGAACCUCAAGUCCAGCUGCUUCGUCUCAGCACCUUGACCUUUUAACAUCCAUGCACUCUGUUCUCCAUCACUCUCCUGACGUUACUUCAGCAGCUGCACCGCUGAUGUUCUGGUGGUUUCUCCCUACAGUCCAGACGGUCUCCUCCUCCAUCUGUAAAUUUGUAAAUAUCAUGUAUAUUUUUUUUUUUUUUUGUCUUUUUUGUCUUGCGUCAAAGAAGCAGCAGAUUUGUACAGUUUGCUAUGCAACGGCCCGAGUUAAUCUCUCAACAGUUUUAUUUUCUUUUAUUUGCAGACAGAUUUAUUUUUUUUUUUUUUAAAGCUAAUAUUGAGAAUAUACGAGAGAAGUCUUCGGAAAUACUUCAGCUGCCUCACCUUCGUUGUUGCUCGGUGAGCUCUGUUGUGAGGACGCAAAAACAAAAACAAAAAAAAGAUGGAACGUCCAGAACCUGCGAUUUGAAUAAAAUGCAAAAGGUUCAGUCAAAAUGUCAGAAAUGUCAUUUUUAGAUCUGGACCGGCCCUGACGUUAGUUCACUGCUGCUAGAAUUAGAGAAUGAAGACUCGUACGAACCUAGAAGUGAUUCACUGUCUGCCUCCACCGAGAGACAAUCUGUAAGACGUGCAGAUUUUAUUUACAUAUACAGAGUAUGUAUUGUGUUUUAACACUAUGAUGCUAAAAUGUCUUUAAGCUGAAAAAGAAAAAAAGAAGAAAAUACUUGAUGUUACCAAUAUAGAUAUAUAUUAUUAACGUGGGGGAGAAGCCACACAUGAGAUUGAUAUUUUUUUGGUAUAGUUUAGAUCCAUUCACCCAAACGUCCUUUAAGUGUGAUCCUAAAGGUAAUGAUUGGAGUAUUUAAAAAAAAAAAAAAACGGUUUUGUGUGUUAUUUGACAACGCUCCUCGAUUCUGUCACUCCUGUGUAGAGACUUGACACGGACGGCGUCGCUGUCCAUUUUUCUCUCAUUGCUGUUUAUCCGUAGGCACCUCUGAGACGUGGAGGCUUUUUAAAGCCGAAUUGGCUGCUGGUGAACAUUUUGUGUUAUUGGUUUUUACAUAUGUGCCUAAGGUUAAAGGGCAAUUGUUUGCAUUGUUCGACGGAGGACAGGUUUUCUAUAUUAUACCGUUUCCGCUUGUGCUUUGAUUCUUGUUUAAAGCGCCCAAGUUGCACCUUUUCUCUUUCGUGGAAUGUCUCCUCUUCCCUUUCCCAUUUGGUCUCAUCAAAAUCUUAUCAGUGUUGACGCGGAUUCGGAAAAGCAAACAACUUUUCAGCCAAAUCUGCACUUGGCGGUGUGAAGGAGAUCAAGAAAAAAAAAAAAAAAACAACCUGAAAAAUGACCCAAAUAGUUCCUUCAUUUACUCUGGUUUGUGCUCUGCUGCCAAUUUUUAAGAUGUUACGUUGUUACCCCUGAAGUACUGAUUGGACGUGAAAUGAUUUAUGCAACUUUUACGGCAGUUUUUAAACAAAAGGGGUUGGCGCUCUCUAAAGAGUAACUUCAACACAUCAUCAAAUACAAGAUUACUGUUCAGGAGGAGUUAAUGUGGAGGGUUUUUCCUGGUCUGAUACGUUCAACAUCAGACCAACAACUGAAAUUAGUUCCUAUGAGAAUAAUUCUUCUGCAUCCACAGCUCAUUUUUGGUCCUAAACAUUGGUCCUUGUGUCAUCAGUGAGUGUUUACCUUUCAUCUAAAAACUAUGAUUUCUUCCUGUUCAACAUUGCACUGCUGUCCAGUUAAGUUUGUACCUGGCAUUAAAUUUGUGCGUGACUCCACCAGAGAAAAAAUGUUUGUUUUUUUUUUGGAUCGGACAGAAUUGACACGAUUAAAAUGAUAAGACCCUUUA